CUUGACCUGAAAUACAAAAUGGCUCAAACACACACACCACAAACUACUACACAUGAGGAGAAUUCAUUGGAUUCCACCUUUGAAUCGAUUAUCAUAGACAUUCCACAAUCAAUUACAUUCUCAUCAGCAACAUGCACAUCGUCGUCAUCCUCAUCAUCAUACGAUACGGAUAGCAGUGUUAACAGUGCCACCUGCUGUACCAAACAUCAGGAGCAUUUGUAUAUGCAGCGGGCGCCACAAAUGCACAAGCAUGACAACACAGCCGAUUUGGAAGCUGUUUAUUUUAAAGCCGAUCAGCAACGUAAAAAUUGGCCAAUUUUUAUUUUAAUGAUUUCGCUGUUAGAAAUCGCCGUCUUUGUUUAUGACAUUAUGACAGUACACAAAGACGCCAUGGCCAAUUCGUUGGAUUUACCCCUGGCUAUACCCACCGAUUCGGUGUUCAUCUAUCGUCCAGAUCGCCGCCUACAAGUAUGGCGUUUCAUUUCCUAUAUGUUCCUGCAUGCCAAUUGGUUCCAUUUGGGUUUCAAUGUGGUCAUCCAGCUAUUCUAUGGCAUACCCUUGGAGGUAAUGCACGGUUCGAUCCGUGUAGCUGUCAUCUAUUUUGCCGGCGUCUUUGCCGGAUCGCUGGGGACGAGCGUUGUGGACUCUGAAGUCUAUUUGGUGGGUGCCAGCGGUGGCGUAUAUGCCAUUUUGGCAGCCCAUUUGGCCAAUAUUACCUUGAAUUAUGGCCAAAUGAAAUAUGCUGUAGCUCAAUUGCUGUCAGUGGUGAUAUUUGUAUUGUGCGAUCUGGGAUAUGCAUUCUAUACACAAUAUCUGGCCAUUGACAACGGCAGCAGCAACAACAAUGAGGCACCUCCUGUCUCAUAUAUUGCCCAUUUGACCGGUGCCUUGGCUGGUCUGACCAUUGGUCUUUUGGUGCUAAAAAAUUUCGAGCAUCGCCACUAUGAAAAUCUCAUCUGGUGGUUGGCUCUCGGUAUCUACUGUGCAUUCACCGUAUUUGCAAUUGUCUUCAAUUUGAUAAAUACGGUGACCGCUCAACUCAUGGAAGAACAAAGUGAAGUUAUUACACAGCAUUUGCUACACGAUUUGGGCGUAUCAUAAAUACAAUCACACACACA